CAGUAUAGCAAGAAAACUACAUCAUGAGUAGAGUUACGCAGCCAACAGUGUUAAUGAAUACUAGAACUGGAGUAAUAGUAGUAGUAAGCCAAAUGUCUUUCCAGAAAAAACUACAAAAUAAGAACAAAAACUCUAAAAACAAAGAUUGUUUAGCAUCUCUUUGGCCUAAAUUUAAAUAAAUUCCUGUUUUUCCAAUCACCUGUCGGCCAGCAGAGCUCCAUGUCUGACUCAGACCUUAUGAAGAGUGGGGGUCCAGGCAGCAGGGGCCCUGUUUGCCACUCACCUCCAACUCCCAGGGUGGAGCUGCUCAGCCCCUCCAAGGUGAAGGACCGCUCUCAGAACGUCACAGAGAAGGUCACGCAGGUACUUUCUCUGGAGUCUGAUGUACUGCCUGAAUACAAACUCCAGGUGCCACAGACAACAUGGUGGAUCUUGCUUCACUACAGCCCCUUCAAGGCGUUUUGGGACUGGAUAAUUCUCCUCCUGGUCCUCUACACGGCUGUUUUCACUCCUUACUCAGCUGCUUUCCUCUUGGAUGACCAUGGCGAUUUACGUCAAAGGAGUUGUGGCUACACAUGUAACCCUCUGAAUGUGGCGGACCUUAUGGUGGAUGUGCUGUUUAUUGUGGAUAUAGUCAUCAAUCUUCGCACAACAUACGUGGACCAGAAUGACGAGGUGGUCACACAGCCGAGCCGGAUAGCCAAGCACUAUGUCAAAGGCUGGUUCCCUAUUGAUCUCUUUGCAGCGAUCCCUUUUGACCUUCUCAUUUUCAGAUCGGGCUCUGAUGAGAUGGCAACCUUAACAAGCCUGCUGAAAACAGCUCGCCUGCUAAGACUGGUCCGUGUGGCAAGAAAACUGGACCGAUAUUCUGAAUAUGGAGCUGCGGUCCUCUUCUUACUCAUGUGCACCUUUGUACUCAUCGCCCAUUGGCUAGCCUGCAUUUGGUAUGCCAUUGGUUUUGUCGAGAGGCCGUACACGGAGACCGGUUGGCUGGACAACCUGGCUGAACAACUGGGCAAGUCAUAUAACGAUAGCGACUCCUCCUCUGGUCCGUCGGUCAAAGACAAGUACGUCACUGCUCUGUACUUCACCUUGAGCAGCUUGACCAGUGUGGGGUUCGGUAACGUUUCUCCAAACACCAACUCUGAGAAGAUCUUCUCCAUCUGCGUCAUGGUUAUUGGCUCUCUCAUGUACGCCAGCAUAUUUGGGAACGUGUCUGCCAUCAUCCAGCGGCUAUACUCAGGUACAACCCGCUACCACACCCAGAUGCUGCGCGUCAAAGAAUUCAUUAGAUUCCACCAAAUCCCAGGUUGCCUGCGCCAAAGACUGGAGGAGUACUUUCAGCAUGCCUGGUCCUACACAAACGGCAUUGACAUGAAUGCUGUGUUGAAGGGGUUUCCAGCGUCUUUGCAGGCUGACAUCUGUUUGCACUUGAACAGAUCUCUGCUAGAGAACUUUAAGGCUUUCCGUGGAGGUAGUCAAGCCUGUCUGCGCGCCUUGGCCAUGAGGUUCAAGACGGUCCACGCUCCUCCGGGAGAUACUCUAAUCCACUACGGAGACAUCCUGGACUCUCUCUUCUUCAUCUCUCGUGGAUCGAUCCAGGUCAACAGGGAUGAUGUGGUAGUAGCAAUAUUAGAGAAGAAUGACAUCUUUGGCGAGGCUAUCCACCUGUAUGAUGAGCCAGGGAAGUCCAAUUCCGACGUCCACACCAUCACCUACUGUGACCUGCACCGCAUCCUGAGGGACGACCUGCUGGAGGUCCUGGAUAUCUAUCCCAGCUUUGCAGACAACUUCUGGAGGAACCUGGAGAUGACCUUUGACCUGAGAGAUGCCGAUCAAGUGCCACCAAUAAUAACAACCGAUGACUCUGGUGACGACUGUGGAUAUCACCACAAGCAAAGACACAGAAUCCACUCCCUGGACUGCCGAAUUCGGCCAGAUGGAAUCGAUCAUGAAGACUCCUACCCCCUUCAGUCCUUCCGUCAUCGUCACUCACCUCCCCAGGCCCACUGGGAUGACCACUGUAGCUGUGGAUCCCCAUGCUCCCAGUCCAGUGAGGACCUAGCUAAGUCUCUUUGUCAUGGUGCCAAAGUAGAGCUUUAUCCUCCUGAAGACGCCACGCGAGAUUACUCCCCCUCUGUAGUGCAGCUGCUACCCCCGAGUGGCACGUCAGUGGGGAGGGACUCGGUGUUGGACAUGGGCCACCAAGCUUCAUCUUUGAAUGUGCCGGGAAUGUAUCAGUACUGGCCAGACCGACAGUCACAACAAUUUUCCAGUCGCGCAUGCCGAUCUUCCUCUGUCCACAACUCAUACCACCCACCACCGUUCACAGAAGAAAGGCCCGGCGAGCUAGAGUCUCGACUUGAGGUUUUACAUUCACAGCUCAACAGACUGGAGACUCGCAUGACAGCAGACAUCAACGUUAUUCUCCAGCUUCUCCAGAGGCAGAUCGCUCCUGUACCUCCAGCUUACAGCACUGUAUCAUCCAGUACCCUCCCUUCUGACUCACCCGGCCUGUAUGGGACUGGGACACCAGUGCUCCACAGCAUGUACCCCAUCUCUCCCAUACAGAUGGACAGCAGAGCCCCCACACAGAGCUCGAACCAGACCGACCUUAAAUUCACCAAGAAGUCCAAGGAGUCACUGUCCAGCGGUAUCCAUGUGACUGUGGCGUCAGACGACACCAUGUUCAUGACCGUCACCCCCGAAACUGAGACCCACACAGGGUUAACCCCACAGCUGCCCCAGCCGUCAGUCAAAUCCUCCCUCAUGGAGAACCCCAGGCUGUGCGGCAGCCUCCGCUACCCCUCACUGCCGGGAAACCUGGACGUCACGUCAGGACUAGCUGAGAUCCAGAAACACCUGUCAGACCCUGUGCUGCCUGUCAUCUGAAGACAUUUUUGUGGCAACCAGUAUGACACUGAAAGAAAGUAGAAAUACACUGCUACAUACAGACUUGUGGAAGGGGCCAUUUGACUAGUCCAAGAAUCAGCUAUCAGUACACAUUUGGACAGCAAGUAGUGUCUCAAAACCAGAUCGUGGUGACCGGCAAGGAUUUCUUCUCAGUCAGUAAUGAUUACAACAGUUAUCAUACUUUCCAGAGGACAACUGCUAACUUACAAGUUGUGCAUGGUAAAGAGUACACAGGAGUUUUUCUUUGCAUCUCAUAAUCAUAUUUUACAUCUUGUUCCAUCCCGGUUUGGUUUUGAGAGCACCAGUUCUGCUCCAUCCCUGUUGUGUCAUAAUCCUGAUCCUGUUUAAAUCCUAAGUAUUUCCCUUGCUGAUCAGUACAGACCUUUUACCCACAGACAAGAGCCUGACUGAUAAUGAAUUUGUGAGGCCAUCAGCAAUACUGUUAUUUGAGAGUAAAAGGAAUAGUUCCACAUUUUGGGUAAUGAGCUUAUUUGCUUUUUUUUUGCCAAGAGUUGGGAACAGAUUGAGAUGAGAUCAAUACCUCCCUCAAGACUGUACGAUAAAUGUGAAGCUACAGCCACUAGCCUGUUAGCUUAGCUUAGCUUAGCACAAAGACUGGAAACAGGUUGUGGCUAUAGCUCCACAUUUACCAGACAGACAUGAGUGGUAUCGAUCUUUGCACCUAAUUCUAAGCAAAAACGCAAAAAUUAAAACUACUCCUUCAUCUGAUAACAGCAUUUGGGUUGAUCCUUUUUUUUUUUUUUUUUUUUUAAAAA